GCCCGCGAAUCCUUCGGUUGUUGGCGCUGCUUCGCGCGGGCUGGAGAGACCCACGGUGAGCGGCUGCAGACGGCGCGGACCCCGGCCGCGUGGGCGCGCGGGUCGGCGUGAGGAGGCGGGUCCUGGCGCCAUGCGGCCCCGGCUGGGGGCGAUGGUGGACCGCAGGCUGAAGCAGCGGGUGGUGCAGUACCUCGCCAGGAAUAGAUGUGGCAAAUAUGUGGACACUGGAGUCUUAGCAUCUGAUUUGCAAAGAAUGUACAGUGUGGACUAUGGUAGAAGAAAAAGGAAUGCUUUUAGGAUUCAGGUCGAAAAAGUGUUUAACAUAAUUAGCAGCGAGGAGUUUAAGGAUCUUGCCAAAUUAGAAGAUGAGCAUCUGACAAAAAGAGUGAGACAAGGCACAGAGGAUGACGAGUGUACUAAAAGCUCUUCUGAUGGUGAUUCGAAUGCAGAAGAUUACAUAGAUCCACAGUCAGCAAACCACAUGAACAGUUCACUGCUCUCUUUAUAUCGGAAAGGACAUCCUGAUUCUGUUUCAAAUACUCUGGAGAUGCCGCGAGGAGAAUCUACUGCUCCAACACCACCGCUGAAUUUUAAAGCAGGCUCCAUUCCUUUGAAGAUACCUGCCAGAGAGUUGGAGGGAGGAUGGUUUAUUGACAGAACCCCAGAUGGAAGGAAAGACAGUUCUUUCAUGGAGCCAUCUGAUGAGAAAAGUGAUCAUAAGCCUAUGUCUGAGGUACAGGAUACAAAAGAUUUUUCUCUUAAGAGUGAUAGAAAAAGGAAAUGCAAGAUAAAGGGGAAAGAAAGCAAACGGAAGAAAGAUCUUCAGGAAGUAGAUGGAGAAAUAGAAGCUGUCGUGCAAAACAAAGCUAAAGCCAGGGGACCAGAAUUGCAGAUCUCCAGCGUGAAGUUUGAAGAUAUUGGAGGCAGCGAUAGGACCUUAAAAGAAGUCUGCCAGAUGCUCAUACACAUGCGUCAUCCAGAGGUGUACCGCCACCUGGGCAUCGUGCCCCCUCGAGGCGUUCUCCUUCAUGGGCCCCCCGGCUGUGGCAAGACCUUACUGGCACAUGCAGUUGCUGGGGAACUAGAACUGCCGAUUCUGAAAGUCGCUGCUCCAGAGAUUGUAUCGGGAGUUUCUGGGGAGUCUGAACAGAAGCUCAGAGAAUUAUUUGAACAAGCUGUGUCAAGUGCACCGUGCAUUGUCUUCAUUGAUGAAAUUGAUGCUAUUACCCCCAAAAGAGAAGUUGCUUCAAAAGACAUGGAACGAAGAAUCGUAGCUCAGCUUCUAUCCUGCAUGGACGAUCUGAAUAAUGUGUCUGCUACCACCCAAGUCCUAGUCAUCGGAGCUACAAACCGACCAGACUCCUUAGACCCUGCUUUGAGGCGUGCAGGAAGGUUCGACCGAGAAAUUUGCCUAGGUAUUCCAGAUGAAGCUUCCAGGGAAAAAAUACUUCAGACUUUGUGCCGAAAACUCAGACUUCCUGAAACAUUUAAUUUUUGUCACUUAGCGCACCUCACACCAGGUUUUGUUGGUGCUGAUCUGAUGGCACUCUGCCGAGAGGCAGCCGUGUGUGCAGUGAACAGGGCCCUGCUGGAGCUGCAGAGGCAGCAGAAGAGAGGCUCUGAGGGCCCAGGCGGCCCGGGGGAAAAGCUGGAGACGGAGCCCGCUCCUGAAACCCAGGAUGAAUUGCAAAGGCUGCUGCGGUUGCUAAGAGACCAGGAUCCCCUCUCAGAUGAGCAGAUGCAAGGACUCUGUAUGGAACUGAAUGACUUCAUCGUUGCUCUUGCCUCAGUCCAACCCUCUGCCAAAAGAGAAGGCUUUGUCACUGUUCCUAAUGUGACUUGGGCAGAUAUUGGUGCCCUGGAAGAUAUUAGAGAAGAGCUCACCAUGGCAAUACUGGCACCGGUACGUAACCCAGAGCAGUUCAAGGCUCUCGGCUUGGUCACUCCAGCUGGAAUCCUCCUUGCUGGUCCUCCUGGCUGUGGGAAAACUCUGUUGGCAAAGGCGGUGGCAAAUGAGUCUGGACUAAAUUUUAUCUCUGUCAAGGGCCCUGAAUUACUAAAUAUGUAUGUUGGUGAGAGUGAACGAGCUGUACGACAGGUUUUUCAGCGCGCCAAGAACUCUGCACCCUGUGUGAUAUUCUUUGAUGAAGUGGAUGCAUUAUGUCCUCGAAGGUCAGACAAAGAGGCUGGCGCAAGUGUCCGGGUGGUGAAUCAGCUGCUUACAGAGAUGGACGGUCUGGAAUCACGCCAGCAGGUUUUUAUCAUGGCAGCCACUAACAGGCCAGAUAUCAUUGACCCCGCAAUUCUGCGCCCAGGUCGGCUGGACAAAACACUCUUUGUGGGUCUGCCACCUCCAGCAGAUCGUCUUGCCAUCUUAAAAACUAUUACAAAAAAUGGUACCAAGCCCCCACUGGAUGCAGAUGUAAAUUUGGAAGCAAUUGCUAGUGACCUUCGCUGUGAUUGCUACUCGGGUGCAGAUCUCUCUGCUUUGGUACGAGAAGCUUCUCUCUGUGCCCUGAGGCAGGAAAUGGCGAAAGAACAGCAUGGAAAUGGAAAAGGUGAGCUCAGGAUUUGUCAUAUGCACUUUGAAGAAGCUUUUAAGAAAGUGAAACCAUCUAUAUCCGUAAAGGAUCAAAAAAUAUAUGAAGCUCUUCAGCAGUCCCUCAGCCGGUGAUGUGCCAGCAGCUGGUGAGGUGAAUGUGGCACACGGAGCCAGUCACACAGUAAAUGGAGAAGCUAGCAAGUGCUCUGAGAUGCCUGCCCUCCACUCAGCAUAGAUGCGGUCUCAUAUAAGCAUUCUAUUUUCAAAUUAAUGAGGACAAGCUAGAGCUGAAGAUGCUUCGAUUUGGCAAACCAUGUGGAAAAACUCCCCACUUCCUCAAGAAAAAAGUUUUAUUGUAAAACAAAACUUUACUUAAAUAAAGUUUUUAUUUUGAGA